AUGGAUAAGCUGGGCUCCAGGGGCAGCCCGCCGCCCGCGCUGGGCAGGCUGCAGGGCCGCGCCGGCCUCAGCCCGUCGGCGUCGGCGGCGCAGCUGGAGCGCUACCCGGCGUCGCCGCCCGCCGCGCAGCUGGACAAGUACCCGCCCCCGCAGCUGGAGGGCCGGUUCGGCGGCGGCCGCUCGACGCCCCAGCAGCAGCAGCCCGAGGGCCGGUCGACGCCGUCGACGCAGCUGGACAAGUACCCCGGGCCGGCGGGCCGGCAGGCGUCUUCGCUGUCGGAGCACCGCUACGGGCGCGACUCGCCGACCGUGGUGGCGCCGCCGCCGGCGGCGCUGCUGGAGCGCUUCGCGACGCCGCCCGCCGCCCCCGAGAACAGCCUCAUCGAGCCGUACGUGCCGCCCCCGCAGCAGCAGCAGCAGCAGCACGCGGCGUCGCCCCCGCAGCCGGGCACGGCCACCGGCUCGCUCGAGCUGAGCCGCACGCCCAGCGAGGAGCCGCCGCCGUCCAGCGAGGCCAAGUCGAAGAGCGUGUCCUUCGAGGACGAGGAGCAGUCGUCGCCCGCGCCCGUCUCGCUCGUCGUGCACCCGCCGCCACCCGCCGAGAAGCCCGAGCGCCGCGUCCUGUCGGCCCGCGAGCGCUGGCACUGGGCGUACAACAAGAUCGUGAUGCAGCUCAAUGUGAGUACCGGCAGCACGCACCAGCCUCCCGCACCCAGCACCUGUCCAUUCUCACGCGCCCCUGCAUUAUCGCCUCAGUCUACAGCAGUCUUCUAA